CUUGCCACCUAAUUUGAACAGCAUAUUAGAGUUUUCUAGUGGACUGAUAGAAAGUAUAUAUUAUUUGUUUAUACUGUAGAGGCUGUAGGCCUAACGAUGACCGUCUGCGUGUUGGAGAGACUAAGGACCUCAGUCCUGCUCAGCCAAUCUGUUUGAUGCUUCAGCGGUCCCUACCUGGUGCUGAAACCCUACAGUAUUUCUCCAGAGCCUUUGGAAGACUCUGAAGCUGCUGUCUGAUGUCAGUAAAUGACAGCGACGGCGGCAGCGGGAUUGACGCACUCACUAGCAGGAAUGAAAGGUUUGUGAUAAAUCUAUGAGAGGAUUUCCCAUCAAACAAUGUCUUUGGUUCCAAUAACUCCCUAUACAUAUACACCCCUGAAUCUACUUAAGGAAGGUGCAGUUGCCAAUGUCUAUGGUGUUGUGAAAUUCUUUAAGCCUCCAUAUCUCAGCAAAGGAACUGAUUAUUGCUCAGUUGUAACAAUUGUGGACCAAACAAAUGUGAAGUUAACGUGCAUGCUCUUUAGUGGAAACUAUGAAGCCCUUCCGAUCAUUUACAAAGUUGGAGACAUUGUUCGCUUCCAUAGGCUGAAGAUCCAAGUAUAUAAAAAUGAGCUUCAGGGAAUCAACAGCUCUGGGUUCUCGUCUUUGACAUUUGAAGGAACGUUAGGGACACCUGUCACAGCACGUACUUCAAGCAAAGUUUUUAGCUUCACUUCUCAGGACCAAAAAAUGGUAGAAGCUUUGCGAGUUUGGGCAUCCAAGCACAUUGCAGCUUCUUCAAGUUUAGUGCAGCUGUGUGACGCUCAGCCCCUGCAGUAUUACGACCUGACCUGUCAGCUUCUGGGGAAAGCAGAAGUGGAUGGAACAGCCUUUCUUCUAAAGGUAUGGGACGGAACCAGGACUGUGUUUCCCUCUUGGAGAGUCUCCAUACAAGAUCUUACCUUUGAAGGUGACUUGAGUCACAUUCAGCGGCUACAGAGUCUGGUGAUAGACAUUCUAGUCUAUGACAAUCAUGUUCAAGUGGCAAAAUCCCUCAAGAUUGGAAGCUUUAUUCGAAUCUAUAGUCUCCAUACCAAACUUCAGUCUGUUGAUUCAGAAACCAGCAAGUCGUUGUUAAGGCUGGAGUUUCAUCUCCAUGGAGGGACCAGUUAUGGUCGGGGAAUCAGGGUUUUGCCAGAUGAAAGCUCGUGUGUGGAUCAGCUGAAAAAAGAUUUAGAAUGUGCAGAUUCGGCAGUCACUCAGCCCUCAAAUGGUAUCUGUCAAUCAAAAAAUGAGGAUAGCUUUGUACUUUCAAGCUCUGCAUCAGGCUCAGUAUCCCUGUAUGAGGAAGAACGAUGUCAGCAAGUCUCUUCUACAAUACUCACAGAUCACCAGCACCUAGAGAAAACUCCAUUGUGUGCCGUUUUGAAGCAAAAGGCUCCGCAGCAAUAUCGGGUCCGUGCCAAGCUGAGGUCGUAUUUGCCCAGGAGACUGCCCCAGUCUGUUAAACUGCUCUGUCCGCAGUGCCAUUCACUACAAGAAGUUCCACAUGAGGACAGUUUGGAUAAACUUUUGCAAGAUGCUGCAACUAAAGCGCCAGACAUGAGGCUGCAAGGUACAUCUUUGUACGAAUCAAAGAUCUGGACCACGGAAGGCCAGGGAGGACGGCAGGUCGCCGUUCACUUUGUUAAGAAGGAUGGCGUUCUCCCACCUUCAAGUGAAUGUCUAAUUUUGAUAGAAGGAGGAAGGCUCUGUGAAGUGUCCAAGCUGUCCAGCAAGUUCCACAGUGUGAUCCCUGUGAGGUCCGGCCCUGAGGAUCUGGAGCUCCUCGACCUUUCAGCCCCAUUCCUCAUACAGGGAAAGCUGCAUCACUAUGGAUGUAAACAGUGUUCAAGCUUGAAACCUAUACAAAACCUAAAUUCCCUUCUUAAUAAAGGACCAUGGAUUCCUUCCUCCGUGGCAGAAGUCCUGGGCAUUGUGCCCCUGCAGUAUGUGUUUGUUAUGACGUUCACUCUGGAUGAUGGAACAGGAGUGUUGGACACUUACCUCAAGGAUUCUGAAAACUUUUUCAAGAUCCCAGCAUCUGAAGUCCUCACUGAUGACAACCUUCAGAGGAGUCUAGAAGCAAUCAUGGAUAUGAUAUGCCCUCCUGGAAUAAAAGUUGAUGCAUACCCAUGGCUUGAGUGCCUCAUCAAGUCCUACAAUGUCACCAUUGGAACAGAACAACGAAUUUGCUACCAGAUUUUUGACACCACGGUUGCAGAAGAUGUCUAGUGCUGCCAUUCAGUGCAGUGUGUAUGGAUUUUACAAUUUUAGAAAAGGUCAUGACUCUGAGAUUCUCAGAAGACACUUGGCUAUUGUCAAAAGUAUUGUAUCCAUUUUCACUGUAGUUCUUUUGUACAGAAAACUAUUUUGUUAUUUAUGCCAUCUUGUGAACAUGUCAGAAAUCCCUUGCUGCUCAUCAUGUCCCAGGGAGUAUAAAAUGAGGCAGCACUGGUUGGGGAGAACGCCCACUCUCAUUUUUAAAACACUGGUAGGAACUUUUCCUUCUGUGCUGUUUGAUUCUUUUUUUUUUUUUUUUUUUUUUUUUUUUUUUUUUUUUGUACAGAAGAAUCUGCUUAGCAACUUCUGCUUCUAAUUCUCCCUCUGCUUCCACACAUGAGUAUCAGGUUAACUGAGUGCUUGUUGAACAGAUGCUGUCUCACCAAGCUGGGAUAUACUAAAAGGAGGGUUUCCUUUCAGAAGACAUGGCUUUGUUUGGGUGCUCUUGAUGCCCAUUUCAAGAUAAAUGUAUCUCUUUGAACCAAAUAGUAUGCGUGACUUUCUGCUUCUCUCUGGAAUACUAGAAGCUAUUUAAUUUCAUACCAACUAAUAAAGUGAUAAGAUUUAUAUUUUCAUGAA